GAGCCGCCCGUCCGCUGCCGGCUGCCAGUCCCGCCAGUGCGCUGGCGGGCGAGGGGCGGCGGGCGCGCGGGACGGGCGUGCGCACGGGCGAGGUCGGGGGAGAGCGCGUGGGCGGCGGGGAGACGAUGGGCGUCCCUGGGACCCGCCGCUGAGCUAGCACGAGCGACGGGAAGGCCAGCCUCUCUGUUCCUCCGGGAGCCCAGCACCGUUCCCGCGCCGCCAGGAUGAUCCCCCCGAGCGGUGCCCGCGAGGAUGGCGUGGACGGGCUGCCCAAGGAGGCGCCGCGCGCCGAGCAGCCGCCCUCUCCAGCAUCCACCAGCAGCCAGGAAUCCAAGCUCCAGAAACUAAAACGAUCACUUUCUUUCAAGACCAAGAGUUUACGGAGCAAAAGCGCUGACAACUUCUUCCAGCGAACCAACAGCGACGUGAAGCUGCAGGGGGACAUGCUGGCUGAGGUCAGCCCCAGCUCCAGCCCACUCCCCGCUUCUGGAAGCCUGACAUCUACACCCACCAGGACCGGCCUGUACCCAGGGGCUGGCAGCAAGGCCCAUGCCUUUCAGGAGCAUAUCUUCAAGAAGCCCACCUUCUGUGAUGUCUGCAACCACAUGAUCGUGGGAGCAAACGCUAAGCAUGGGCUGCGCUGCAAGGCCUGUAAGAUGAGCAUCCACCACAAGUGCAUGGAUGGCCUAGCACCCCAGCGGUGCAUGGGCAAGCUGCCAAAAGGGUUUCGGCGUUACUACAGCUCCCCCUUGCUCAUCCAUGAACAGUUUGGAUGCAUUAAAGAAGUUAUGCCCAUCGCCUGUGGCAAUAAGGUGGACCCUGUCUAUGAGACCCUCCGCUUCGGCACCUCCCUGGCCCAGAGAACCAAGAAGGGCAGCUCCGGCAGUGGCUCUGAUUCGCCUCACAGAACCUCUACUUCAGAUCUCGUGGAGGUUCCUGAAGAACCUGACGGGCCAGGAGGUGGGUAUGACCCACGGAAACGCAGCAACAGUGUUUUUACUUAUCCAGAAAAUGGCACUGACGAUUUCAGACACCAAGCAAAGAACAUAAACCACCAGGGAUCUCUUUCCAAAGAACCAUUACAGAUGAACACCUAUGUUGCCUUGUACAAAUUUGUACCACAGGAGAAUGAAGAUUUGGAAAUGAGGCCAGGAGACAUGAUUACUCUUCUAGAAGACACCAAUGAAGACUGGUGGAAAGGGAAAAUUCAAGACAGGAUUGGCUUCUUUCCGGCCAACUUUGUUCAGAGAGUACAACAAAACGAGAAGAUUUUUAGAUGUGUUAGGACCUUCCUUGGGUGUAAAGAACAGGGGCAGAUGACACUGAAAGAGAAUCAGAUCUGCGUGACUUCCGAAGAGGAGCAGGAUGGCUUUAUCAGAGUCCUCAGUGGAAAGAAGAGAGGCCUCGUCCCCCUGGAUGUCUUAGAAAACAUCUGAUUGCUGGCCCUUCCUGCCUUUGCAGUGGCCAGGCUCCGCUGCGAUGUCUCAUCUCACACUGUGUCCACGCAGAGGAGCUGCCGCACUGACCCGCCCCCCCCCCCCCCGGGAAACAGUGAGACAAGACUCACGGAUCUGAGACUGGGGUACCAGCCACAAGACAGAGGCCCCAUCUCACAGCAUUGCCGGGCUGCCCACGGUGGGGGCGGGGCUGAGAGAGCUGAGUGCCGUGCAGGUGGUGGUGGCGGCAGGGCGGUAGCCACAGCUGUCCCUGAGGACCCACCUCAUCCCUGUCCAUGUGAUGUAAGUUAGCCCACUGGAGUGUGGCGUGGGCCCAGUGCGAGGCUCGGAUCCCCACAGCCAAGUGUGAUUCUGGUUCCAGACGCGUGUCCCCAAUGCUGGCCCAUCCGCAUCAUCACAUUUGCCGUCUCUCUGCAGAGCAUCAGGAAGUCCUGCUUCCCAGCCCCCAACAUGCGAGGGCUCCCCGCAGCCCCCUCACUUUGUGAUUGCGCUGUCUCUUCUGUCCUCCGAGUGAGUCCUAGGGGUGCUGUGAGAUGUGAGGACUGAGCUGGUGGCACCAGCUGCUAUUCUAAUUACCGACAGAGGUGCCAGAGGACAUGAGGCACUGAUACAGAGGGCAAAGUAGGAGUAGGUGGGGCAGAGAGCCUGAUUUAUUGAAGAUUAUGCAGCCCCUUCAGUUAGGAAAGCAUUUCCCUGCGGAGAUGAACCUGGGAAAGAAAAUGGGGCAAGAAGUCCCAGCAAAGAGCCCAUUUCAUUUCACGUCUUCUGUACUAGGGGCAGCAUUUUCCCUCAUGCCAUCCUGGAGGAACCCCUUUUGGAGGCUGAGCCCACCCUGGAGAGAACUAGGAACAUGGAGGAGAACCAAUAGCAUCUUAGGAGAAAAGUAGCCAAAUCAAAAUCCAUUCUUCUCUAGGGCAGUAUAUUAUACCCUAGCAGAUGUAAAAUGGAAACAAAUCCUUAGUGCUUCAUCCCUCAGAAAGUAGAGGAACUUGGGUCCUAUUUAGCAUCAAGUAGGAGAGUCUCUCUUACUCUAUACUUGUACUAAUGUUUACAAGCAUUCGAUAUACUGUGAUGCCUCCCUCCGCAAGCCUCCUCCUAGCAUUCAAACUUGCAUCUGAUUACUUAGUCAUUAAUAUGGUUAAACUUCAAUUCAUAAUGACCUUGGGAUCAAUGUCAGCUCAAUUUAUUUUGUUACAGAGCAAUAAAAGCAUUAGAACAACUGGUUUUUAAAAGACUUAAGUGGGUACAUCUUAUGCAUGUAAGCAUUACUUCCCAAACCCUAGUGUCAUUAAUCUCCAUUUAUUUCUUUUGUUACUGCUCAGCAUGAUGUUGGGAGCUGAGAGGGGAUGGCUGCUGGUUUCACAGUAGUUUGGUUGCCUUACUAUCAUUUUAAAGCCAGCAUCCAGAAUUUUCUCCCUCUCCAGUACAACCUGCAAAACUGAGUGUACAGAGUCAAGAUGGGUUCUCCGAGAACCAGGGUGGAUAAUAUGACUGCCAUUCUCUAAAAUGGAAUGCCAGAGUACAAACACUCUCUGCCUCUAACUGAGUAGUCCAUUGAAUAAAGACAACACAGUGCCUGGAAGGAGCAUAGAAAACGUGUGUCCUGAUCUUUCUGGUGGAGUAUCCACUGAAGUUUUUGGGUACAGUGGCGUCAUAUCCUAGACAAAUUUAACUUGCAUUACAAAAUCAGUUUGCCUUUGGAAACCGAAUAGAAGGAGGCUGCUGUAGCCAGCCCCCAAGGUGGUCCCCCAGUGCUCCCCCGCAUCCUGAUAUUCUCGCCUUUGUGUGGCCCACUCCCACAUUGAAUCAGGACCGAUCUUAUGUGACCAAUAAAAUACAGCAGAAGUCCUACCACAUGACAUCUGAAGCUAGGCAAAAGAAGUCCUUGCAACUUCUGUCUUGCUCUCUGGGAACACUCACCGUUGGAACCCUGAGCCACCAUGUAAGUUUAUCUACUUUGAGGCCACCGUGUGGGGGAGGCCCAGUGGACAGACCAUAUGUGUCUGCAGCUGGGAUUCCAGACAUCAGCAGCCAUCCCCUCUCAAGUGAUAGAUUUAUGAACCAAGUGAUAGAUUUAUGAACAAAAUAAAUACGAUUUGGUGGUUUUUAAGUCACUACGUUUUGGAGUGAUUUGUUUUACAGAAAUAGAUAUCUAGAACAGGGACUCGUAAUUUGAGCCAAUGUUAGAAAGAAGAAAAAACACACAUCCUGCACAAGGAGGCCCAGAAUUUUUACAAACAUCAAGUACUGGUGGACAGUGAACCCUCCCAAUGCAAGAUAUCUGGUGUUCCUUAAAGAUCUGGAGUCUUGCAGAUAUCAGAGAAAAAGCUACUCUUCAAUGCAGAUUGCCGCGGAUAUUCACACACACACAUAUACAUACCCAGACUUUAGGAGCCACAGCAUUUAUUCUCCUCCCGCCUGUCUGCAGAAAUGGCAAGAACAAGGACAGCUGUGACCUACCAAAGUCCUGAAGGUCUCCAAGAUUCAAGAAAUGGCGGGGAGAAGAUCCACCGUUUGGGAAUGGGAGUGAGAUGAAGGCCUCAAGAGACAGAUUCUGGAGAGGGAGAGGGUUGGAGAGGAAGUGCUAAUACGAAGGGAAAAAAGGGGGGCCUGAGGGGAUAUUCUUCAUAGUGUGAGAGAACAGCCUUGUGCCCCCUCACCUCCUGCCCCUGCCUGCAGCUAAGGGAGGGCAUAUAUCUAACUGGAACAGGGAUGCUCUGCCCUGUACUCCAUUACCAGUGCUAUAGGACUUGGAUUCUAUAGAGGUGAAUUUGAAGUGAAGAACUGAUUAAACCUUCCUCAGGACUUCAGGAUGUAAAGAAUAGAACUUCUUUUUACCCCAUCACCAGCAGACAACUGAGACUCCUUUAAUGUGGGCUAUGGGCUACAAAGAGAGCCCAUGUGUAGAUGUCCAACUGACUACUAGUAGGGUUGAUUUCACAGACCACCUCCUUCCUCACCUCUACACACCAAAUACACACAUACACACGCUCCUGUCAGGAAGAAGAGUCCAGCAUCUGGGUCAUAUAUUUAAAGCAACCAAUGAGAUGGUACAUGGUAGGCACUUUUUAGAGUUAGUGUUCUUCACUAUUAAAGGGGGAAAAAUAAAAUCAGGGGGAAGGUCAUGGUACUUGUAAAUAGUCUGGUGUCAAGUACUGCUAAAACGUAAAAAAGCAGCAAGGAGGCCCAAAAGCCAGUCGAGGUCUCUGAAAAGGGUCAGGAAGGAAACCUACUGGUUGACCUUAGCCUAGAACCAGGUGCAGGCAGCUGUAAAAAAGUGUUGUGUGCUCAACUAGCUUAGAUUUAAAUAAAAUAAACCAGGCUUCUUUACUCAGGAUUUCCCAGAGCCUUUAAUUUCUUAAUUUUCACAGUAAAUCUAUAAAAGGGGAUUUAGACCCAUGGAACACCUAUUAGGAUCAACUAGUCUAUUCCAAGGCACAUAGUUCAGAAAAUGCUGUGGUAGAGAAUUCUCAUAUAAUAUUGGAUCCAUCUAAUACCCUCUCUCUCUUCCUACAUCUCACUAAGAUACCCAUGAAUUACUGAAAAGGACAAAAGUACAUAAUCAUAGUAAAAAUGGAGGCUGAAAGACAAUCUACUCUGGAAUCAGUAUUUAGGGAGUAGGAGAAAGUGGGAUCUGUGUCCCCAGUGGGUGAAAAGCUCAGGAAGAAGAGUAACUUUCUCAUGCUCUAAUGGCUUUAGCAAAUACUGAGCAGUAGGGCGUAGGCUGGUAUAAAUCUGGGAGUAAAAGAGAGUUCAGCAUUGCCCAAAAUAGCCUCCCCAGGAAACUGAGUGAGCAGGUGUGUUCCACAGCUUUAACACAAAACAAAAAUCCUUACGAACAACUCGGACCAAAAAAAAAUUAAAACUGGUUUAAUGAUAUCCCAUAACGGUGUCUUAGAUUUUGCUCAGUUGCAAUUCUUCUGUGUGUUUUGUAGAACACCUGGUGUUUUUGACCCUUAGAAUAUAUUUUCUUUUCCUUAGCUUCCAAUAAGGAGUUUUAAAUAGUCCUCAAUCUUCCCCUGGGUAAUAGAAAUGUAACUGUACCUCAAAACAGUAACAAGAUAAUAGCAAUUUAUUUUAUAGUUCCUUUUUAAAAAUGAAAAAGUAGUAGGCUUUUUUAUCAUCUCACCAUUAAGUUUAAACAGCUGUCAAACAUCUUCCCUGUGUUCAUGGAAGUCAGGAUGUACUGAAAUCCUGAAAAUACACCCUGGAAAAAUACAAUACCUAUUUCCAAGAAAAAUGGUGGAUCCUCUUUAGAUUUCCUCCACUGGCCUCAUUUCCUCAGGUUCUCAGGUUACACCUGACCCCAUCUGUUUUUAUGCAUGGCAAUAUUUUUCUUUAUCUUCUCCUUUUAAACAAGUUUCCUAAAAAUUGUUUUCUUAGUUUACUUUCAUUCUUUACUAAGGUAAAAAAAAAAAAUCAUCCAAGGUUAUGACUUUUCCUCUGAGUUCAGCUUUGACCAUAUGAAAGUGUUCCCAUUUCCAUUCAUUUCUAAAUACUCUGUAAUUAGAGUUUUGAUUUUCCCAUAGAUUUUUAUUUUGUGUGUGUAUAUGUGUGUGUGAUUAGAACCAUUGUGCAUUGUGGUCAGAAAAUAUGAUCCACAGGGUUUCUGCUUUGAGGAAAUUAAUUGGCAUUUUGUGCUCUAAUAUAUGACUAAUCUUUAGAAAUGUCCAAUGGAUGCUGGUAAAAAAAAGAGAACUCAUGUCUAUAGUAUAUAAAGUUUAAUAUGUAUCUGCUAAAUAAACAAAGUGUUCAGGUCA